AUGGGCAGAAACCGGCGCAAAAAGGAGCUGGACAAGCUGCAAAAACAGUGGUAUGACCUGAACCGGGAGUAUCAAGCUAUGCAGCAGGCUGGACGGCAACAUGCUGCAGAUGCACGCUUAGCUGCGGAAACAGGUGAUAAUCGAUUUCUUCAACACAAACAUCAAUCGCACACCAUCAGAGGACCUAGUUGUCUGUCCACCUCAACAGACUAUAUCACCAGCAUAUCUGUACCUUCUCAAGUGACUCCGAAUGUGACGGAUACUGGUUCAAACGAUUUUCUUUCUUAUUUUAAUGACAACGAGGACGCAGCAUACACCAUCUAUGAUGAGCACAUGGCCGAAACAAUGACAGAGCCCAAAAAGCGCAAACGGACUGCCGCAGAUAAUCCUAUUGGACUUUGGACCAAGGAAUGUGAAACUUACCUCCUAGAACUUCUUCGGUUGGAAGGCCGUGGUGACUAUAUGUUUGCUGAAGCCUGUCCUGGCACCAGUGAAUGUGAGGGUUUUCCCGAGUAUCGGUGUCAGGAUUGUUUUGGUGUCGCUCUCUACUGCAAGGCCUGCACAGUCGCGAGGCACAAGGAAAAUCCAUUACACAGAAUCCAGCACUGGGUCGAUGGACAUUUUAAAUGUACUAGCUUGAAAGACCUUGGUCUCCGAAUACAACUUGGCCAUUUAGUUUGGGGACAAUGUUGCAACCCAUCACCAGCAUUUCACGACGACUUCAUUGUUCUGGAUGUGAACGGCGUUCACCAGGUUGCUGUUGACUUUUGCGCCUGUGAAACUGCUCAGUCUCCUACCACUCAGCUCCUUCGUGCCCGCUGGUUCCCCGCAACGACUAUAGACCCCAAAACUGCCGCAAUGUUCCGCCUACUUCACCAUUUUCACAUUCUCACGUUCGAAUCAAAGGCAUCUGCCUUCGAGGUCUGGCAAACACUUUCCAGGCUCACGGAUAACACAGGUAUCAGGACUCCAAAGGAUCGCUACGAGGCACUCCUGCGAAUGGUCAGGGAGUGGAGAAACAUCAAACUUCUCAAGCGGUUUGGGCGAGGACAUGAUCCUGCAGGCAUUGAUGCUACUCUGCAAGGAUCUUGCGCGGUUCUUUGUCCAGCGUGUCCUCAACCUGGCAAAAACUUACCACAGGGUUGGGAAGAUGCCCCUCAAGAUGUUCGAUGGCUCUAUGGACUUUUUCUCGCGAUCGACGCAAACUUUCGACUGGCACGGAAGAACGUGUCGUCAGACAUGGCCGACCCUGGCCUUAGCAAGGGGUGGGCGUACUUUGUUGAGGAACACAAAUACAAAAUGUUCCUCCAGGGUGUUAGCAAGCAGCCGCAAGAGAAAAGCACCUGUGUAAGCCACAACGCCGUCAAUCUAGCAGAGACCAAGAAUUCCCAUGGCCUCGCAGCAACAGGAGCUGGGACUGUUGACUGCGCACAUCAUAAUUUUAAACGACCAUGUGCUGUUGGCGACCUUCAGAAAGGGGAAAAAUAUAUCAAUAUGGACUAUCUAUUCUUCUCGACCAUGCAACACGCCAAGAAUCUCGUCACCUUAAACAUAUCGUAUGAUAUAGCCUGUCAAUGGAACAAACACCUGUGGGACCGCAUGUCCCAGUAUCCCACCCAGAUGCACAUUGAACAUGGCAGCAAAUUUGUGACGUUUCUGGUUCCAAAGUUUCACUUGCCUGCUCACAUUUUUGCGUGUCAAAUCGCCUACUCGCACAAUCUCGUGAAGGGCAUGGGUCGUACAGACGGCGAGGCUCCAGAGCGCGGGUGGGCCAAUAUAAACCCUGUGGCUACCAGUACACGUGAAAUGGGCCCGGGUUCCCGACGCGACACACUCGAUGACCACUUUGGCGACUUCAACUGGAAAAAAGUGACUAAUAUUGGUAUCAGUCUGCUGCGGAAGCUCAAGGCCGCUAUACCAGAACGCAACCAACACCAGCGUGACUUCAACGAAUUCAACGAGACACUCGUUACUGAGCGUACAGAGGAAGUAGCAAUGUGGAAACAAGGAGUCGAAAAGUGGGAAACGGACAUGUCAGCAACAAAUCCUUUCAGCCCGACGACAGCAACUAUAACGCAGGCAUCUGUUAGGUUGACUCUCUCUCAGGAAGAAGCUCAAGAGCUCGAGCAUGGCAUCAACAACUCCCUCCACCAUGAAAUCUCGCCAGCUGUCCUUAUCUCAUCAGGCAUUGGAAUUGAAGAGGAACAACAUCGACUUCUACGAGAUCUCUCGGCGCUUGGUGGCCAUGCGACUGAUCUUCAGCGUUCAAAGUUGCAAGAUCGCAUGAAUGUGCUGCAGCGCAAGAUCGAGCAGUGGUGCCAAGUACAAGUCUUGUACAUGCCCUCCGUGGCCCCCAUCAGAACUUCCCGAAGCUCCGGCAGCAACACAUUGAAAGAGGAGAAGGCAUACGAAAUCUGUCUAUGGCUCCCUUCGCAGCUCAAGGAUCACGCACCAUACGCUAUCUGUGACGAACGACUUUGCCGAUUUGAAUGGGAUCUGCGCCGUGCACAGGCAUCUGACUCACUGAAUGACCUCCGCCGGCAUCUCCUUCUUCGCACUCACCUAUAUAAAUUCAAGGAUAUUAACAUUCGGGGUCAGCGAGCCAACACACGUGCUGCUGCUGUCAUCAGGAAGGUCGAGCAUAAUGUUACGGAGGCUGGCAAAAGCUACCGCCGCGCAUGGACUGCGCUUAGCAGGCUAUGCGGAACACUUGGAGAGGAUGGUUGGCAGAGUAUCUUUCCUGUGCUCGAGCCAGCUCACGUGCGCGGAAUGUCAGAGGGUGAGGCAGGUCAAUCCGAAGGCAACCGGACACUCUCUUGGAUCUGGAAGACGCAGGGUGUCUCAGCAGCUGGGGAGGUUCUUGCAGACGCGCUGCGCAUUGAGUGGUGCAAAGCCAGAGCACGCGCGAACCGCUGGACGGAGGAAGUGCAGCUUUUACUGGAGGAGAUGCGGCGUGUCAGAGCAUUCCUUUCGUGGCAUGCUGCAUGGUGGGAUGAGCAGGCAGGGCGACGAACGGGUCUACCUGAUGCUGAGACCGAGGGCAUCAAAGGCUAUGCCAAACGCCAGGCAUCUCUUCGGAGAAACUUACAGAUAGCCUUCGAUGACAUGUGGGUCAUGAUAGAGUCCUCGGCGACUGCAGAGGCACAAAUGUAG